GAGAACACCUGUCAAAACCUUCACUAAACAUCUAAUGUGUCAUCAGUUUUGUUAAAAUUCGAAUCGUGUUAUUCAGCAGUACAAAUUAAAGUUUGAAAAUGCCUCGACGCCAGGCUCGCAGCGGCUCCCCAUCGCACAACAAAAGAAGCUACUCAACCGCGCCGGCGCAUCCGCCCAAGCAAUACGGGGGCGUCAAAGAGCAGAAGCAGCCUGGUUUAUUCGGGCAAAUGGCCGCGACGGCGGGCGGCGUGGCCGUCGGAUCCGCCGUCGGGCACGCGGUGGGCAGAGCGGUCACCGGGAUGAUGGGCGGGGGAUCCCGCGACGCCCACCCGGAGAGGAAACUCGAAGAGCCCGUGGGGCCCUGCGCCCGCGAGAUCCAGCGGCUGUUGGAUUGCGCUGCUGAUAACAGCGACAUCACUUUGUGCCAAGGGUUCAAUGAGGCUGUGAAUGCUUGUAAGGAGAAGCAUAAUAUUCGUUAGAAAUUGCAAAUAGUGAGUGGAGAAGACGUAUAGUAAUAAUGGUAUA